UAUAGGAAAGGAUCUAAGGCUAUUAUCCCCGAUGCCCUUUCUAGGCGGCCUAAUUUUAUAGGCAAUAUACCCGCAAAUGUAGUAGAACGCAUUAAUGUAAUGCGGUUUAAACGUAAUGAAGACGAGGUCUUUAUUAAAGCAAUAAUUACAUUUAAGUAG